UGUGAUCGGACUGAUAUGUAUAUAAGGCAGAGAAAUGGAGUCAGUUCGCAUCACACGUUAAGUGUAGCAGGCGCAGAGAAGUGUCUCACUCACGCACUCAAGUGGCAGAAUGAGGAAUAUAAUUUUGCUUACGUACGUGUCCGCCAUGGUGGCAAUAUGUGCAGCCCGGCCUCAGUAUUACCAACAUCAACAGGGAUUCCAAAAGCCGUUCGUUCCAAUUGUGGCAUACAGCAAUGACAUUUCACACGAUGGGUCCUACGCUUACAGUUACCAGUCGGGAGAUGGCACUACCGCUCAAGAAUCGGGAUACUUGAAGAACUCGGGCAAUAGGGACUUGGAGGCUCAGACUGUUCAAGGCUCAUACUCUUAUACGUCGCCAGAGGGCACACCUAUCACAGUAACCUACAUAGCUGACGAGAACGGAUUCCGUGCGCAAGGCGCACAUCUUCCGGUAGCUCCACCUAUACCUGAUGCGAUUCUCAAGUCUCUGGACCUGAUCGCCAAAACACAGCCAGGCGCAAGCGCAAACCUGGGGGUGUACACGCAACAAGGAUAUAACAGACAACAAUAUCGAUACUAAAUUCCACUUCUUUACCCCAUCUUGCAGUGGUCAUAUGAUGUACAACUGAACGUUCUCUAAACAUUCGGACAUUGAUUCUAGGCUUCUUCAACAACGCUUGUUAAACUGAUGUCAUUUGGGAUCUGAUGGUAGAAUGACAGUUAUGUUAUAAAUUUAAAUGGAUAUAACAGGAAACUGUCAUGAUCUAUUUCAAAGGUACUAUAGUGAAAUUUGCAUGUGAUGACUGAAAAAAUCAAGACCUUUUGCGAAGACAGACUUGCUGUCCGAGAUUUAAACUCCGAACCUUGCUUUCCACUCUACAGUAGCGUUCAGUGUUUUGAUUAGCAGCGGAAGAAAGUUAUUUAUUGACUUUUCAAUUUCACCCCAUUCUGCUAAUUACAACAGUCUGACCAAAUUUACGAAAGUGAAAAUAAAAUAAAUAUAACACUAA